AUGAGUUUUAUAAAUAUCUCAUCGCCUUUGACACCACCACAAACUAGACCUGAUUCACCAGUUGUAAAGAUUGGCCAAAGAAGUAAUUCUUAUAUAAAUAAUAAUAACAACAACAACAACAGUAAUCAGAGUAAUAAUAAUAAUAAUACUACAACCACAAAUACGAAUAGCAACAAUAAUCAAAAUAGUAAUAUUAAUGAAAAUGUUAUUAAAUUAGUUGAUUUAGAUGAACCGAUUGUAGUUUGUAGAAAUAACUAUAAUAAUGUUGUUGUUUUUGGUGGUGGUGGUAUUAGUAGUGAAGAUAGUAUAACAGAGAGUAGUAAUAGUAAUAGUACAAUCGGAAAUAGUAGUGGUGGAGGUGGAAGUAAUCAGAGUUCACUUAGUUCUUUUACCAAUACGACAUCAACAAGUGGUGGUAGUGGUGAAAACAGUAGAAAUGAUAUAAUAAAGAAUUUGAACGACAAUGAAGACGAUGAAGUUCAGAGAUACACCACCGCAGCCGACUCGAUCGUAUUUCAAUAUCUUUGUAAUACUACGAUAGUUGAAGAUUAUGCAUAUAAUGAUAAUAACAAUCAUAAUAACAAUCAUAACAACAACAACAAAAAUUCCAAUAAGCAUAAUAAAGAAGAUGAAUUAGAAACAAAAACAACAACUGUUAUUAAUAACAAUUCACAACUAUCUUCAUCAUUCACUUUGGACGAACCAAUUUAUAAUUUUUUGCAAAUGUCCGAAAUUUCAUCUUCACCCAAUUCAUCACCUAACCAAUCACAAACCAGAGCAGAAAGAACACAAUCCACUGUUGAUAUUAUACCUAAUUAUCAUGAACUACAUCAAGAAAUGACUGUUGUAUUAUAUAAAGAUAAAAUUAUAUGUAGACCGAUAAUUAGUAGUAAUAAUAAUAACUCAACCCCAACUUCAACAACCUCAACAGGUUCAUCAACAUCACCACCAAGUUCACCGAUAUUAUCAUCAUCACCAUCACCAUUAUCAUCACCACCACCUUCACAGCUAUCAAAUAAUAAUAAUAAUAAUAAUAAUGCAGAAUGUUUAGUUAUCGAUAGACAAACAUGUUCUUUGUCACUUCAGAGUUUCAGUAGUAUUCAAUGUGGUAGUGCAGCGGAAUUACCGAUGCUGAGCAAUGUCCUGGGAAAUGGUGGUAGUGGAAGUUUUAGUAUGACUGGCAGUGGAAGUUCGAUUGCAACACAGACAUCAUCGUUGUUGGCAGGUAAUAAUAGUUUUACUGCAUACGGUAUCGUUGGUAUUCUCAAUCUACUGAGUGGUCCUCACUUGGUGUUGAUCACCUCGCGUACUCUGAGAGGCAGCCUAAAAGGCAAACAGAUCUACGAGAUCGAUGCCAUUCAAUUCGUGCCGAUCAACAACUCUGUCGAGCUCGGUGAACAUGACAAACGUCUGGAAUCAACCUACAAGCGCUCACUCAACAAUCUUCUGCGAUCCGACUUUUAUUUCGCAUACGAUAUGGAUAUUUCAAAUUCUGCACAAAGAAACUCUGUUAUGAAUCAAUAUGAACCAAUCAAUCAUUUAUAUCAAUUGUUUGAAGAUAGAUUCUAUUGGAAUAAAUCAAUUCAACAACCAUUGAUUGAAAAAGAAUUGACUAAUUGGAUUUUACCAAUUAUUAGAGGAUGUAUGUUGAAAUUACACCAACAAAAACAACAAAACAAUAAAAGAAGUAAGUUUAGAGCAGGUACAAGAUACAAUACAAGAGGUUCCGAUUUAAAUGGAAAUGUUGCCAAUUACGUAGAGACCGAACAAGUAUUACAAGUACUAUCACCAAAUAAUCCAAAGUCAUUUUCAUUCGUGCAGACAAGAGGUUCAAUUCCAUUGGUUUGGGAACAAAAUGGUAGAAGAAUUAAACCUGUAAUAAGGAUAAAUCCAGAUCAAUCAUUAAAUUUAUCAACAUUCAAAUCACAUUUUAAAGAACAAAUAUCAUUAUAUGGUCCUCAAACACUUGUAACACUUUUAGAUCAAAAAGGAUCAGAGUCAUUUUUAGGUGAUUCAUAUCAACAAACCUUACAGAUUUGCGAAGAUUAUCAAAGUGAUAUUGAAUACAUUGCAUUCGAUUUCCAUCAUUUCUGUCAGGGUAAUAGAUUUGAAAGAGUUGAUAUUUUGAUUGAUAAUUUAGAAGAGAAAAUCAAAUCGAUUGGAUAUCUCGAGAAAGACUUGACUGGAUACAAAUCCUAUCAAAAUGGUACUGUUAGAACCAAUUGUCUAGAUUGUUUAGAUCGUACAAAUUUAGUUCAAUCAAUGAUUGGUUUGAAAAUACUUGAAAAACAAAUUGCAUCGGUUGGAUAUGAUCUUAAUAGCAAGGAUUCAAUGUCAUUGUUGAAACAGGUCAAGUUGGCAUGGGCAAACAAUGGUGAUGCUAUCAGUCAGCAAUACGCUGGAACCAGUGCGUUGAAAGGUGAUUUCACCAGAACUGGAAAGAGAAAUACUAAGGGUGUGUUUAGAGAUGGUGUUAAUUCACUCUCUCGUUACUACAUCAACACUUUUCUCGAUAAGCUCAGACAGAUUUCCAUUGAUUUAUUUUUAGGAAAUAUCACCGUUGAAACAAACCGAACCAACAUCAUAGAGAACCAAACUGAAUCAGAUUGGGGUGAAUCAAGAAUGAAUGCAAUUAGCAAUUGUGUUGAUCACUUUUUAAUGUGUGAAAAAGAUGAUCAACAUGGAUUUGUUAAUGCCUGGAUUGUUAUUAGUAUAAACAAGAGAAAUCAAGAACAAGAAAGAAUUUUAUUAUUGACACCUACACAUUUAGUGAGAUGCAAAUACAAUUUCAAUGACAAUAGAAUAGUACACUAUAAGAAGUAUGCUGUUAAUGCCACUAGAAGAAUACAGAAGGGUUCGAUUUUGACUGAAGGAGGAAAGAAAGCAUCUUAUGGUAUGAGAAUCUACUAUGAGAAUUCAAAGUCAUCAGCCAAGAAAUCAAAGGAAAGAGAAAGAGCAGAAAGAGAAAAAGAAAAAGAAAAUAAUAAUAUCAAUACAUAUAUAACAAAUUCAACAACAUCAACACCAAUUUCCAUUCAUUCAAAUUUUAGUUCAUCUUCACCUGAUAUAGGUGUUCAUCUUGAUAGCAAUAAUAAUAAUAACAACAAUAAUAGUAAUAGUCAUACACAAUUAAAUGCAUCAGAGAUAAAAGAUUAUAUAUAUCAAACAUUUAUUGUACCAAUUCCACAAGGAGAAACUAUAGAGUUCUCUAAAGAUCUAAUCAGUGAGAUGGCAGAGACAAUCAAGGAUACCGUCUUUACAGGAUCGCUAGCCAACACUCACACAGUCAAUUCGAGUGCUUUCAUUGUCGAGCAGGAUUUCAAGAGGAAAUCAACUACUUUUGGUGCUGCAUACAACGGUUUGAAACUUGGAUUCUACUCGAAAUCACCGACUGUCGGAAGCAAAGGUUCUCUCAGUCAAGUGGUUACCAAGCGAAGAAGUAACAGCUUCGACUUGUCUUCUCUUCGACAGGAAUUGGAUUCCAAUGCUUGGGAUUUCGAUGCAACUCUUAACGAUAAACCAUUAAGGAAAUAA